UUAGGUUAGGUUAGGUUCGUAUUUCUUUAAUCAGCUUCAAUCUGCUUGAGAUUCAGACUCAUUUAGACAAGAUUGCACAUGGUUUAUUGACAAGUUUCGUGUAGCUUGGUGUGACUUUUUACGGUUCUGAAUUUAGUCCUGUUGUUGAUAUAAAGGAAGGAUUAUCUUUGUGCCAAUAUAAAUUUAUUUAGAUUCUUCAGAUUAUCUAGGUGACAUCUAGAGAUUGAUAUAGAUCUAUCCACUUUGACUACUAUUACUACCUUGGAACAAAAAUUGGCAGCAAAUUCUGGUGUAUUUUUUAGAUUUAGAAAAAAAAUGAAAGAUGGUACUGUCGUGUCGAUUUUACAAAGAAAAAUAUCCGGAGGUAGAGGAUGUAGUGAUGGUGAAUGUGCGUAGCAUAGCCGAGAUGGGCGCAUAUGUGCACCUGUUGGAAUAUAACAACAUUGAAGGCAUGAUCCUACUCUCUGAGCUCUCUAGGAGACGUAUUAGGUCAAUCAACAAACUUAUUCGAGUAGGCAAGACGGAACCGGUUGUUGUUAUUCGUGUAGAUAAAGAGAAAGGUUACAUCGAUCUGAGUAAACGUCGUGUAUCUGCCGAGGAUGUAGAAAAGUGUACGGAAAGAUACGCUAAAGCUAAAGCUGUCAAUUCGAUUUUGAGACACGUGGCAGAACUAUUGCACUAUGAUAAUGAUGACCAGUUAGAGGAACUCUAUCAGAAAACAGCCUGGUUCUUUGAAGAGAAAUAUAAGAAACAGAAGGCAUCUGCUUAUGAUUUUUUUAAACAAUCAGUAUUGGAUCCCUCCAUUUUAGCAGAAUGUGAUCUAGAUGAUCACACAAAGGAAGUAUUGUUAAAUAAUAUCAAGCGAAAACUCACUUCGCAAGCAGUCAAAAUUCGAGCAGAUGUGGAAGUGGCUUGUUAUGGUUAUGAAGGAAUUGAUGCUGUAAAAACAGCGCUAAAGGCUGGUUUAGCUCUUUCCACUGAUGAACUUCCCAUUAAAAUUAAUUUAAUUGCUCCUCCAUUGUACGUUAUGACAACAUCCACUCCAGAAAAACAGGACGGUUUAAAAGCGCUAAGUGAUGCGAUUGAAGUUAUACAGGAAAAGAUAACAUCGCUUGGAGGUGUAUUCCAAGUUCAAAUGGCGCCAAAAGUUGUUACUGCGACGGACGAAGCAGAAUUAGCGCGACAAAUGGAACGAGCUGAGCUUGAGAAUGCAGAAGUCGCUGGUGACGAUGAGGAAGAUGUGGAAGGUCUGGAGGGUGAUUUUAGCGGAGGCGAGGGAACUGAGCCCAGCAGCAAAGGUAUCGAACAGAAUGGCAAAGCUGUAGAUCCCGAUGAUAAAGAAGAUUUAUCCGAGGAAGAUAAUUGAAUAUUUACAUAUAUAUACAUAUACAUAAAUAUAUAUAUUUGUGAAAAUAAUAAAAUACACAUUCGAUUAACCGACCGAUACCGCAUGUGUUUUUCAAUUGCAGUUAGAAUUUUUAAUAGAAUAUUCUACUGCCUUGUCGAACACGUCAGCACGAUUUUUCAAUAGAUAUAAAAACAGAAAGAUGUAAAAAUAAAUCACUGUAAUUUAUAGAAAUUUUCUACUGAUUUGAUAUACAAUAAACGAUCUCAAGACAGGUGUCUUCAUCAUUUCUAACACAAA